AUGGAAGAAUUCAACGAAGAAGAACUCCUCCAAGCAGAUCGUGACAAAUACACCAAAAUGACCCAAAUGAACCUAAUCAUAGAAGAACGGAAGCGUAGAAUCCGAGAACUUAGGCAGAAGGCCAAGGACAUUAAGACACAGCUUGUGAGUGAAGAGAACCAGAAGAGGAUUACUACUACUGAGUUACAGAAGGGGUGUGAGAAUGAAGACAAGGAAAUCAAGAAUUUAGAAUCUGUUAUUGAGAAUUUGUCCCUUCAUAAUAAAGAUAGUAGAGAGGACAGAGAGCAGAAGUAUAAGGAACAGCUUCUGGAGAUUAAGACGCAGAAGGAGGGAAAGUUAGCUGAGACCAUUGCUGAAAAGGAACGACUAGCGAAAGAUCUUGAGAAGUUGAAGGAUUUUGAGAGAGAUCAGGCUAAAAGAGAGGAGGAAAGGGAGGAAUUACGUAAGCAGAAUGAGGCUAAGGAGAAAGAGAUCAAGAAUAUUGAAUAUAAUGAACAUAUGGAGAUCAUAAAGAGAAAGGAAAGGCUGAAGGACGAGCAUAAGCAGAAGCUCAGUCUUGAGAAAGAGAAAGCAAAGCUAGAAGCAGAGAAGAAGAUCUCAGAAAUUGAUAAAAGUAUUCAGCAGCAGAACGUUAGACUUGAUACUGAAGUCAACCUACAGAACGAUGUUAUUGAGUUCAUUGAAAAGCAGAAGGAAACUGUAUUCGAAGAGAAUAUAGGCUAUAAGAAAGAUCUUGAUGCUAAUAUUGACACUGUUGUGGAUUAUGCCAAAAAGCAAUAUGAACAAAAUCUCAAAAUUAAAGACCUCAAGGGCAAAAUCAGUAUGUUGGAUAAGUCCCUAGCUCAGAUUGUGCAAGAUUUUGAGAAAGAAAAGGAGCUUCUCAAAUACCAAAAUGAGCAAAUUGAGAAAGAGCAAGAUGAAGAUAUUAAAAAUUACAAGGAACAAAUUAAACUCAAAGAAAGAGAAAUCAAGAAUAUUAAGGCUUUAUGCCAGAUGAUUCUCGAUCAAAGAUCUGAUGUAGAGCAGUUCUUCCUCGAAGCUCUUGAACAAGUAAAGGAAGAAGUGAGAAAGAGAAAGGAGAGAAACAGAGAAAGUAGCCUGCCUGAUAUUAAUAAAUCUCAGUCAAGGCAAUCUUUUAACAAAAGUAAUAGCUACCUCUUUGGAGCUUCUUCAAUGGAGAAGGACAUCAAGAUAGCCCUCAAAGACUUAGACUGGGAGGAUAGAGAAAGAGUCCUUCGACUUCUGUUCAGUAAGAUGAACUCUGGUGUCCCUUGAAGCAACUGGAGGAAUCCCCAACAAAACGUGUAUGCUUCAGCCCAUGAUCUCGCAGAAGACGAAAACUCACUGAUGCAGGAAGAGAAUGCUGGUAUCGGAAAUAUGGGUAUGAUCCAGAGUGAUUCCAAGGAUGAAAACAACAUUCAUUAUAGUCCUUGGCAGAUCGACGCCUAAAUUCAAAUUCAAUAAAAUUCUCUUGUAAA